CAGACUUUUGGGCUCUUUCCUCUAAACCAAACCAGAACAAGACUGAAGAGAAAAUGGAGAAGGCAGUUUCAGAAGUCAAAGUUGCAUCAAUCUUUAUAUACCCAGUAAAAUCAUGCCGUGGAAUUUCAGUUUCUCAAGCUCAUGUUACUCCUACUGGUUUUCGAUGGGAUCGACAAUGGUUAGUAGUAAACUACAAAGGGAGGGCAUAUACUCAACGAGUUGAGCCAAAGCUUGCUUUGGUUGAGGUACUGCUGCCAAUUGAGGCAUUCUCAGAGAAUUGGGAACCUACUAAAAGCUCUUAUCUUGUAUUAAAAGCACCUGGGAUGGAUGUGCUGAAGGUUUCCUUGAGUACACCACAAGAAAUAGCAGAUGGGGUUUCAGUAUGGGAAUGGUCUGGUGCAGCCUUAGAUGAGGGAGCUGAUGCAUCGAAAUGGUUUUCAGAUUAUCUAGGGAAACCUAGUCGACUUGUCCGCUUUAAUGCAGCUUCAGAAACUAGGCCUGUAGAACCUGAAUAUGCUCCUGGACACCAAAUAAUGUUCUCCGAUAUGUAUCCAUACAUGCUAUUGUCUCAGGGAUCACUGGAUGCACUAAAUGAGCUUCUGAAGGAACCCAUACCAGUUAACCGAUUUAGACCCAACAUUCUUGUUAACGGAUGUGAACCAUUUUCCGAAGACCUAUGGACAGAGAUCAGGAUAGAGAAGUUAACAUUUCAAGGUGUCAAGCUAUGCUCCCGCUGUAAGGUACCUACAAUCAAUCAAGCGACUGGCAUUGCAGGACCUGAGCCAAACGACACUCUUAAGAAAAUCCGGUCUGAUGCAGUUUUACGUCCAACAGGAAAACAGCAGGGAAGGGUCUACUUCGGGCAGAAUCUUGUUUGGAGAGACUCUGUUACAGGAGGUGUGAAGGGAAAUGUCAUGAAGGUUGGAGAUAUUGUUUAUGUCCUCAAGAUGGUCUCUUCUGCUGAUGAAGCUGCUGCUUGAAUUUUGUAAUGUAUUUUAUCCAUGCUGUUAUAGGACACUAAAAACUGCUGUCUAGAUUGUAAAUUAAUAACAAACACGGUUACAUGUUAGCGAUUAGCUUCCUGCUUAGAUGAGAGUUCCCGGUAGUUCAAUAAAAGAAGAGAAUGCAAAGAGGUUCAGGUAUGACUGUAUGAGAUAUCCUUGAAAUGUGCAAUGCUUGGAUAUUA